AUGGGGGAAAGAACAUUGUCCGGUUCCUUGUCUCUAAGCACGUCUCCCCCUAUUUCCUCAGGUAGCCGAGAGGCUGCUUUUGUCUACGCGAUUUCCUCUGCUGGUGUGGUGUAUGCUAUCACACGAGCUUGCAGCCAGGGAGAACUGAACAGCUGUAAUUGUGACUCUCAUAAGAGGGACAAAGACCGGGAUCGGAGAGGGGAGUUCGACUGGGGAGGCUGCAGUGACAACAUCAACUAUGGAAUCAAGUUCUCCAAAGAUUUUGUGGAUGCCAAGGAGAAGAAGGAAAAGGAUGCCAGGGCACUGAUGAACCUACACAACAACCGUUGCGGCAGGACGGCUGUGAAAAAAUUCAUGAAGCUGGAGUGUAAAUGCCACGGUGUUAGUGGAUCCUGUACAUUAAGGACUUGUUGGUUAGCAAUGUCGGACUUUCGAAAGACUGGAGAUUACCUGCGAAAGAAAUACCACUUGGCGAUUCAGGUCACCAUGAACCAGGAUGGAACCGGUUUCACUGUCACCAACAAACACUCAGACAGGCUGAUCAAGAACGACUUAGUGUACUUUGAGAACUCGCCCGAUUACUGUGUCAUGGAUAAAGCUGCAGGGUCUUUGGGCACAGCAGGAAGAAUGUGUAACAAGUCAUCCAAGGACACAGACGGCUGUGAAGUGAUGUGCUGCGGCCGGGGCUAUGAUACCACUCGAGUUGUGCGAGUCACUAAGUGCGAGUGCAAGUUCCACUGGUGCUGUGCAGUAAAAUGCAAGGAGUGCCAACAGACAGUCGAUUUUCACACCUGCAAAGCUCCUAAACGCGCUGCUUGGCUUGACCAGACAUGAUCACAGCCAGCAACGCCGCCUCAACAUGGGACAUGCGUGAAGGCACGUGGCAUUUUGGGGAGUUGUAGUUUAGCUGCAUGGCUUUUCUUUUUAAUUAAUACCCUGUGAAGCACUAAAGAAUGGACUACACGUCCCGGGGACCAUGGUGAACCACUGCACAUGUUCAGUAAAUCAUCGCAUAUUCCUUAUGAAUAGGGGGAAUUGCAAUACAAAGCAUAAAUCCUGAACCUUAUCAUUCGCAAUUUUAAUUGUUUUUCCCAAAUGGAACAGUGCAACUGUCUAUAAAGAGACUUUAUAAAAGUGAAGAACAAGGCUUCUGUAGUUGUCAAAUGAUGGGGACCUCCCUGUAGCACCAGCUGCAUGUGACUAAUUUCUACAAUCUGGGUUUUUUAUUAUUAUUGGUACAUCAAUGCCUUAUUAACAAGUGAAAAAGCUGCUGACCACUUCUAACGAUCAUUCAGAAGGAUUCAAAGCUGCAUUCUGUGCAAGGAACAGGAGCCUGCACUUUCCGAAGGCAAUUGCAUAACUGUAUAUUAACAAGACAACCUGCACUAUGAACAUUAGCUCCAAGAGGAUAGCAGUGAAAGAGAGAGAGACAGUGAAAGAGAGAGAGAAAGAAAGCGAGUGAGAGUGUUACAGAGACUUGCCUGGUCAUGACUGAUCUGUCUGUUGAUUUGAACUCAUGUCAAGAGCUACAGCCUGCAAUCUGUAACAGGAAUUCUGCAAAGACAAUAAGAAAUAAGGUUUAGCUCUGAAUUGUUGCUGCUGAUUUCAAUAGUGCAACUCACCAGAACUUUUUUAUGAUUUAAGAAUGAUUUUUUUAAAUUGUAAUAAUUCUUACAUUGCUAUAGUAUGUUAAUGUUUGGCAAUCUGCAAGUGCAGUUCCUACAGUCAUAAGCUGAUGCAAAAACAAAACUGCAUUCUACGCUGUACUGUAAUUUGAAGGCACCCCACCUGAGUACAUUGUUUGUAAUUUCACAGACAAACCUUUUUCUAAUU